UUCCGGGAAGGGGCGGAAGAGGCGGGCUGGUGGAGGCGGGGUCGAGAUGGCGGCGCCUUUGAGGAUUCAGAGCGACUGGUCUCAAGCCCUCAGGAAGGAUGAAGGGCAGGCCUGGCUGAGCUGUCAUCCCCCAGGAAAACCAUCUUUGUAUGGCAGUCUGACUUGUCAAGGAAUUGGCCUAGAUGGCAUCCCUGAGGUUACAGCUUCGGAAGGAUUUAUUGUGAAUGAAAUAAAUAAGAAAAGCAUUCAUAUUUCAUGCCCAAAGGAAAAUGCAUCUUCUAAAUUUUUGGCUCCAUACACUACUUUUUCCAGAAUUCAUACAAAGAGUAUAACAUGCCUGGACAUUUCCAGUGGAGGAGGCCUUGGUGUGUCUUCUAGUACUGAUGGAAGCAUGAAGAUCUGGCAGGCUUUCAAUGGAGAACUCAGAAGAGUAUUGGAAGGACAUGUGUUUGAUGUGAAUUGUUGCAGGUUUUUCCCGUCAGGCCUUGUGGUUCUGAGUGGGGGAAUGGAUGCCCAGCUGAAGAUCUGGUCAGCUGAAGAUGCUAGCUGUGUGGUGACCUUCAAAGGUCAUAAAGGAGGUAUCCUGGAUACAGCCAUUGUUGAUCGGGGGAGGAAUGUGGUGUCUGGUUCUCGGGAUGGGUCAGCACGACUUUGGGAUUGUGGACGCUCAGCCUGCUUGGGAGUCAUUGCAGAUUGCAGUUCUUCCAUCAAUGGAGUGGCGGUGGGUGCUGCUGACAACUCCAUAAACCUCGGCUCUCCCGAGCAGAUGCCCAGUGAACGGGAGGUUGGAACAGAGGGGAAAAUGCUGCUGUUGGCCCGGGAAGAUAAGAAACUUCAGUGCUUGGGACUACAGAGCAGGCAGCCGAUAUUCCAGUUUAUUGGCUCAGAUGCCUUCAACUGCUGUACUUUUCUUUCUGGCUUCUUGCUAUUGGCUGGGACUCAAGAUGGAAACAUUUAUCAGCUGGAUGUGAGGAGUCCAAGGGCUCCAGUACAAGUCAUCCACAGAUCAGGAGCACCAGUUCUAUCCCUGCUGAGUUUCAAAGAUGGAUUCAUUGCUAGCCAAGGUGAUGGAAGCUGUUUUAUUGUUCAGCAAGACUUAGACUAUGUCAUUGAACUCACUGGGGCUGACUGUGACCCUGUCUAUAAGGUAGCCACAUGGGAGAAGCAGGUCUACGCAUGCUGUCGAGAUGGUCUUGUGCGACGCUAUCAGCUUUCUGACCUCUGAGCCCUUGGAAAGAGGAGUUCCAGUUAGUGAAAAGGUUUGAGACUGAUCAAUACUGAGCAGAAACAUCAUCAGUCCUUCCCAAACACCAGGGCCAGGGCCAUUAGUGUCUUGGGCACCCAAGGUGCCACAGAAGUCACAGUUGGCUGGACCAUGUGAAACUAUCAUCCCAAGACCUACAUUGAACUGAGUAAGAAGCUCACAUGUGCUCACUGCAUUUGCCCCAACUUCUCUUUGUGUAAACUCACCCCAGCAACACAACACAAGGAUAUAGAUGCUUCCAGUUUGUUCUUAUACCAGUUGUGUUAAAUGUUUACAAGGACCAAAGUCUGUUCUCUGGAGAAAAUAAAAUAUGUUUGGAGGUGCCUGAAAUUGAAAAA